AUUAGAGCGUACAAAAGAAUUAAGAACCAACUCGGAUUGACUCUGAAGCUCAGACGAUUGGGCACUGGAAAGGCACUUCUUACUAAAGCAGGAGUUGAUACAGAGACUUUCACCGCCUACAGUCUUAAGCAUGCAUCCGUGUCGAAGGCAUAUAAAAGAGGAGUAAACGUGGAUACGAUUAGAACCGCAGGAUGGUCAUCCAAGUUCACGGAUUUCGCCAAUUUCUACAAUCGACCGAUUCGAAGCUCCAGCGAGAGUUUU